GACCGGAAGUCGCCUCAUGAUGGGAGAGAAGAAAACGUCGGCCCGCGUGCCCGAGGGGGCUCCCCGGAGGGUCCUGGACGGGGCCACGCGGCAGCGGCGGCUGCACCGGCAGCUGGAGGCGCUGGAGAACGAUAACUUUGGGGAUGAUCCCCAGGCGGGGCUGCCCCGGCCCGGGAAGAGACUGCCGCACUUCAGUGACACCGCCGAGACCGGAAAGAAAAAGAAGAAAACUCGGGGUGAUCACUUCAAGCUGCGCUUCCGCAAGAACUUCCAGGCACUGCUGGAGGAGCAGAACCUGAGUGCGGCCGAGGGCCCCAAUUACGUCUCGGCCGGGGCCGCCCCGUCCCGGCUGCCCCAGCGCCACUUCUGUGCAGUGUGUGGCUUCCCCUCGGGGUACACCUGUGUUACCUGUGGGGCCAGGUACUGCUGCACCCGCUGCCUGGGCACCCACCAGGACACCAGGUGCCUGAAGUGGACGGUGUGACCCCUCCCUCAAAAUGGCUGCUGUGACCACGCCCACAACAUGGCUGCUGUGACCCCACCCCAAAAUGGCCACCGUGAUCAUGCUUGGUUUGAGCCUGCCUGUAAAAUGGCUGCCAUGGCCACACGCCCAAGAUGGCCGCCAUGGCCUGACCCCAAAAUGACUGCCAUUACACCACCCCAACGUGGCAGCCAUGACCAUGCCCAUGUCCCCAAGAUGGCUGCCAUGGCCACACCCCCAAGAUGGCUGCCAUGGCCACACCCCCAAACCCCUAAGAUGGCGUCGGCCGUCCCCCUUUUGAACCAAAAUCUGGGUUUUUUUCCUA